AUGAAGUCUACAGAAGUGGACCAAGGGCUUUUCACAGACACCUACUGCAAAGUGUGCAGCGCUCAGCUCAUCUCCGAGUCCCAGAGGAUCGCCCACUACGAGAGUCGGAAACAUGCCAAUAAAGUACGACUGUAUUACAUGCUACACCCCGUGGAUGGAGGUUGCCCAGCUAAGAAACUCAGAACAGACAAUGGAAGUGAGGAGGGAGACGUGGACAAGAACAAGUGCUGCACGCUGUGUAACAUGUCCUUCACCUCAGCAGUGGUGGCACAGUCACAUUACCAAGGCAAAAUCCACGCCAAGAGAUUAAAGCUGCUGCUGGGGGAGCAGCCUGCCAUCACAGCCAAAGAGGUGCCGCCCAGUCCGGUGAAAAGUUCCCUGGAAACGACCCCGGUGACCUCUCCUCGGCAGCGCAGGGACUCAGACCGCUACUGCCAGCUAUGCAACGCCUGGUUCAACAACCCGGGCAUGGCGCAGCAGCACUACGACGGCAAGAAGCACAAUAAAAACGCAGCUCGCGCUGUCCUCCUGGAACAGCUGGGCAAGACCCUGGACAUGGGAGAGAUGAAAGGUCUGAAACGUAGCUAUACGUGUGAAGUCUGCAAUGUCACACUCAACUCUGUGGCACAGUACCAUGCACAUCUGCAGGGCUCAAAGCACCAAAACAAGGAUGCAGGCAUCAAGAGACAUGACACUUUAGCCCUGCACCUUAGUCACGCUCCACUGCACUGCCUCAUUGGUGCUAGUGGCUUUCCACACAGGCAGAUCCACCCACCCCAGUAG